GAAGGUGAAUCAGCUGCAGUGAGGAGACUGCCUGACUGAGCGAUGUUCCUUUAUGAGUCCACCUGACAACACACCGUAAGAGGGAACUGCUCAAAGUUGGCUUUGUGGAUCGGCAAGCUGAAAAUACUCUGGAGGCAACGAGGAGCAUGCAAGCCUUUUAUUAAAGGAAUCAUUCUCCAGCUCUUUAUCCCUAGCAGGAUCUCUCAAAAUGACUAAGAAGCUGUUUCUCAUUGAUGUGGACUGUGGUGUGGACGAUGCUCAGGCGCUGAUGAUGGCUCUUGCAGCCCCAGAGGUUGAAAUCCUGGGAAUCACAUGUUGCUUUGGGAAUACGACCAUUGAGCAUGUCUGCAGGAAUGUGCUGCGUGUUUUACACGUGUGUAACAGGAUGGAGAUUCCGGUGUACCGUGGAGUCUCACAUUCCCUUCUUGGAGAAAUAAAUCCUGAAUUUGCCCACUUUGGAGGGGACGGACUGGGGGACGCAGGGGAUCCAAAUAGUCCAGGACUGGAACACCUACAGCAGGAAGAUGCUGUUCAUGCUAUGAUACGGAUUAUCAAUCAGUAUCAAAACCAAGUUUCCUUAAUAGCACUGGGGCCUUUGACCAAUGUGGCCCUUGCCAUAAAACUGGACCCUUCUAUUCCCAAGAAGCUUCACAAGUUGUACAUUAUGGGAGGAAACCUUGAAGGAAGAGGUAACAGAACAGUAUGUGCAGAGUUUAACUUCUGUCUUGACCCAGAGGCUGCCUACAUUGUGAUGAAUGAAUUUACAUGCCCCACCUAUAUCGCUACUUUAGACUUUUCUCGCGCAAACAGCCUUACAAUGGAAUAUUUCAAAGACUGGGUGAACCAGGACACUGCAAAAGCCAAAUUUAUGAAAACAAUCACUGCCCGCUGGCCACAGAAAGACAGCUUUGUGUCUUAUGACUCCUAUGCUGUGGCUGCUGCGAUCGAUGAGAGUAUUAUAACAGAAAGCCUGGAGUGCGCAGUAAGUGUGGAACUACAGGGACAUUACACAAGGGGGAUGAUGGUUCUGGAUUCUGAUGAAAAAUUGAAGAAAAACCAUAAAGUCACCCUAAUGAAAAAAGCGAACUUGGAAAAAUUUAAACAGCGUCUGUGGUCAGCCUUGGCUUAAAAAGAGAAAGUGACUAGUGUAUCAGAUCUAUUCUCAAACGUAAAAUAAAACGUGUCUUUAAGUGUA